UGGGUGCACGACAGGGCGCCGGCGGGCGGCGUCGCGCGCGUGUCGUCGGGCGUAGCUACGACCGUGGCGGGCGCGGGCGCGGGCGCGCCGGCGCCGGCUGCGAACACGCGGUUGGUGGUGUCGAACCUGCACUACGAGAUCACGGCGAAGGAUCUGAUGGCUAUCUUCGGCCAAGUGGGCACGCUCACCCGCGAGCCAAUGAUCAGGUACGACCGCAGCGGCCGCUCGUCGGGCGCGGGGGUCGUCACGUUCGAGACGGCGAGCGAGGCGGCGCGCGCGAAGGACCGCUACCAGGGCGCGCUGGCAAAAGGUCAGCCGAUGGAGAUCGAGUACGAGGUGACGCAGAGGCGUCAUGUGCGGUCCGCGAGCGCUCCGUCGACGCUGAUGCAGCGGAUGCAAAAAGCGCCGCUCAUCGAGCGCCUCGGGCGGGCGGAGACGCAGGCGAAGCACCGCGGCGGGGGAGGGAUCGCGCGGGGACGCGGACGGGGGCGUGGGAGCGUCGCGACGGGGGCACCGCGCCAGAAGGCGGGGGAGAAGAGCGCGAGGGAGCUGGACAGGGAGCUGGACGCGUUCAUGGGGGACGGGGGGGUCGCGAAUUCGAAGGGCGCGGCGGCGGAUCAGGACGUGGAGAUGGCGUGA